GGUUUGAAACAUAGAGGGGGAAGUGAAGCAGGGAAACACCGACUUCGAGCCGAUACUUUGUAACUUCACUUCUCCCUGAGAGCUGUAACCGAGCACUUGCUGUAACUGAAACCACUGAAUAAAAUUAAGCUCUCUGAUAAUUAUUAUUUAUCAUUUAAAACAGUCCAUCUAACUAAAUUUUUCCCUUUUCUUUAACUUAAUUUAACAAAUUUCAUUAUCAAAAAUAAAUUAAUAAACAACAAAUAAAUUUAAAUUGAUCCCACGUGACUAUAACUCACAUCUCAGUCCAGAAGAGGCGUUACGAGCAAUCUAGUGACCUUGCUGGACAUAACAAUAUGAUUGAUGUACUCACUUUUAAACACCACGUGCAUUGUAAAGUGUUUUUUUUUAAAUAAAUAAAGUUAUUGGCAAUAAAUAAAAAAAAAUGACAGAAGACUUUGAAAUCAUUGUUGGGACCUAUGAACAAUUUUUACUUGGUUACAAAGUUAUAAAAGAAGAGAAAAAAUAUAGAUUAGAACGGAGUUUUGCAACAAAAGACCAUGUUGCUAGUAUCAGGACAACAUCAUCUAUAAAACAUUAUCUAGCGUCAGGGGCUGCUGAUGAUUGUAUCAAUAUAUACGACAUGAAACGUCGUACUGAAUCCGGAAAAUUAAUGCAUCAUAAUGGUACAGUAAACUGUGUAUCAUUCACACCAGAUGCUACUCAUCUUGUUAGUUGUAGCAGCGAUGGAAGUAUUGCAGUCGUAAGAUGCGGUAAUUGGCAGUUGGAGAAGCAUUGGACAUCAGCUCACAAAAAUUCUGAAGUAAAUACUCUAGCAAUUCAUCCAACUGGUAAAUGUACAUUAUCAGUAGGUACUGAUGGAGUAUUGCGUUUAUGGAAUCUCGUAAAUGGACAUCACGCUUAUGCGAUUAAUUUGGUCCCUAGACUGAAAUUGCAAGCUAAAAAUAUUACUGUAUUACAAUGGAGUCCAGAUGGUGAAAAAUAUUUAAUGGCAGCAAAUAAUCAACUGGACGUUUACUCUCGUUCUACGGCUGGUAUCUGUGCUGAAGUGACGUUUGACGUAAAAAUUGUCUGCGUUGAAUUUAUCAACGACAAUGUCAUUGUUAUUGGACAUGAAAACGGCACAUUGAGAAUUUAUGACAUAGAGGAGCAGUCAGAACUUUUAAAAACAGUUGGUCAUGAUUCACGAGUUAAAUGUCUCAAACACAGAGGGAAUUUUAUUGUUUCAUCGUCAAGCUCUGGAGAAGUUAAAGUUUGGAAAUACGUAAAACAAAAAUUGAAAAUGUUAACAAAGGCAACGUGUGACGCGAGAAUAACUUGUAUGACAUUGACAUAAUUAUAAUAAAUUUAUUUGAUAAUAUUUUUAAAUCGUAAA